UCACUGCAGUCACAAUCCCUAUUUCCCCAACUUCACCAAAAUCCUUGAUUCGCGAUCGUCUCUCCCAUGGCGGGCUAUCCACCGGGCUCCGGCUACCCCUACGGCGGCGCCGCCCCUCCCUACGGCGCCGCUCCUCCUCACUCCGGCGGCGCCGCUCCUCCCUACGGCGCUGCUCCUCCUACCUACGGCGGCGCUCCUCCCACCUACGGCGGCGGCGCUCCUCCUUAUGGCGGCGGCGCUCCGUCGGCUCCGUAUGGGCCCCCGGGGGCGGGGGAGAAGCCGCCGAAGGAGGGGAAGGCCCAGCCCUACUACGCGCCGUACGGGGCGGCGGGGGCGAGCCCCUUCGCGGCGCUGGUGCCGUCGCAGUUCCCGCCGGGGACGGACCCGAACGUGGCGGCGUGCUUCCACGCGGCGGAUCGGGACGGGAGCGGGUUCAUCGACGACAAGGAGCUGCAGCAGGCGCUGUCGUCGUACAACCAGAGCUUCAGCCUCAGGACCGUCCACCUCCUCAUGUACCUCUUCACCGGCACCAAUGUCCGCAAGAUCGGACCAAAGGAAUUCAUCUCUGUGUUCUACAGUCUUCAAAACUGGAGGUCCAUCUUCGAGAGAUUUGAUCGUGAUCGAAGUGGGAAAAUUGAUGCGUCAGAGCUGCGCGAAGCUCUUCUGAGUCUCGGAUAUGCUGUUUCUCCUGUCGUGCUGGACCUGCUCGUGUCCAAAUUUGACAAAUCAGGAGGCAAAAACAACGCCAUCGAAUAUGACAACUUCAUCGAAUGUUGCCUCACAGUUAAGGGUUUGACGGAUAAGUUCAAGGAGAAGGACACCAUGUGCUCUGGAACCGCAACUUUCACAUAUGAAUCUUUUAUGUUGACUGUUUUGCCCUUUCUUAUUGCCUGAAGAUUAAGGUGUUUGUAUGAUAUGACAAGAUGUAUGGUAAAUAAGUAACUUAGUAUGAUCCUUUUCCUAACUUCAAAACCUUCGUGGUCAUCAUGUUGGUGAGAUGCUGGUGCUUAUGUUGCUUUUUCUGCUUUAUGGGUGUGUUCACUAAAUGGGAAACUUUGUAGACGCUCUCGUUUAUCUUUUUUUUGGACCUCAUUUCUUUUUGUCUAUAGAUGUGUGGUAUGUUUUAUUU